AGACGUACUAAGUCAAGUCAAUUAUUAAGAAUAUCUAGACGUUUUCAAAACUUUCAAAAUAUGUAUGGAAUGAACCUUUAUGGUUCAAGGAUUGCCACUGCCGUUAUGAUAGAAUUAAAUUUGAGAACACGACACUUUGAAGCCAUAAGAUCCAUUAUUAGGAGUAUGAAAACUAAUCAAGAUAUUGCAAACAUUUCUAUCGCUUCAACGUCCAGUAUCUCGAAGACUGAUGAAAUAAAAAAAUAUCGCGAGUACUAG